AGAAUUCUUUUCUUCAUAUUGAUUCAAGUGUCUGAGAACACUGAGCCUCAGUAUGGCACCUCUGAGACUCUGUGCCAUGGCCCCCAAGUCGCAGAGCACUUUCCCAGCACUGUACCUCUUUGGGGUCUUGACCCUACUGCUGUGCCCUUCUGGCUUGUGUGACUGCAGAAUAUUUCCGAGCAUUGCCCAUGGAUCCCAUAAAGACAUGAGUUCAUUUUUUUCCUAUACUACUGUGGUGCAAUAUGAAUGUGAUGAAGGAUAUGUUCUGGUUGGAGAGUCUAAAAUCACCUGCAGGAACUCCCACUGGUCGUCUCCAGCCCCUGAAUGUAAAGCGCUCUGUCUGAAACCAGAGAUUGAAAAUGGAGGUCUGUCUGUGGGUAAAGACCAGUAUGUUGAGCCCGAAAACGUUACUGUUCAGUGUGAUGAUGGCUAUGGUGUGAUUGGCUCUCAAAGCAUCACCUGCUCAGAGAGCGUAAUCUGAUUCCCAGUGGUGCC